AUGUUCUCAACUAAGACAUCCAGGAACACAAUCCAGGUUUUCAAGAAUUUGGCGAUCAGUCAAAAAAUUUCCACCGAGAACCAAAAACUGCCAAAUUAUUCUUCCACAUGGAACGAGGAGAAUAACCCCGCUCAACCAUCGAACCGUGUUGCUGGCAUGGAGGCCAAGAAAAAGGAGUUUCAGCAAGAAAGGAAUGGCCUGCAUGAGCAAUUUUUUAACAACUUUUUCGAGAUAUUUGAUUAUGUCCUUGAUCGAAGCAACAAAAAAUCCAACGAAAGGUACUCACAAACAGCAAACGUAAGGCAAAAACAAGAUCCUGUGUUAUUGGAUAGGUGCCUGGAAGCCGCUUCUGACUCGAUGUUUGCCGAAGAAGUAAACAGAACAAAACAAGUCCAAGCAUUUGACGAUUCCGUUGUUACGGACACAUUGGCGGCAAGAGGAAUACUAUCUUCACCGAGGACAAUUGCAGGUGAUCGUUUACCACAAAAAAAUCGUUUACCUUGUCAGCCUCAACAGCUACACUUAAGAGCCUUGCAGACGUGGAAAGUGAAGAACGAAGUACUGCAGAAAAGUACAUCUCCAUUUCAAGGACUUUCUGAGGAAACACAUAGUAGCGCCGCAGCCGUUUCGUCAAAAGUUGCGCAAAAAAAACCACUCUGGAAGUCAGCAAAUCCGAAAAGAAAAGUUCUAACCAAGAAUAUUUUAAUCACGCCAGAACCUGAGCUAUUCGCGAACUUGCAAGAGUUGAAUUUAAAGAAUGACGAAGAACCUGUCGUUAGGGUACCAAACUACUUUCUGGAUUUUACUGUUGAGUACACUAAGAACGAACCCUUUACGUUGAUGAAUAGUGCAAUACCUCAUGUCAAAAACGCAUCAUCGCCUUACAGUGACUGUCUCGUUCAAACGAUGCAGCACACAAAGGUUAAAGAACUACACUCAAAGGAAACGUCAAAGAUCCUGCAUGAAACUAAACCUUUCAGAAGGCAAGCUGAUUCUUGUCUUAUAAGACUAUCACAACAAAACUCUGGGAUUAACAUCUCUCAGGAUGAGGAACUAGACGGCAUUUCAGCCUUACAAGCAUUAGCUCCUGCAACAUCAGUGAUUGAUGCAAUUUUGCAGAACGAUAAUCCCAUACCACCGAGGCCAAAGGAAACUAAACCAAAAGACAAACUUGAAACGACGGAUAUAAGACAAAUCUACAAAAGAAUCGGUGGAGCAUACCCUUCCGUCAAGCCUACACCAGAUUUUAGCAGGUUAUUGCCACCAUCAUCAAGAGAUAUAGCCUGUGACGAUUCGUACACCAUAAAGGGCUUGGCUUUAGACAAUAACGAUCAUCAACUUCCAGUGACGAAAACAACUCUGUACCUUAGGGAAGGGAUUGACAGAGAGAAGAAAUUUUUCUCGACUUCCUCUUCACAGCAUGGUUCACAAACCGCCCAAAACGUUCUUUCAGCAAGAGAAUGUUCAAGGGUUAUUAAUGGGUUAGUAGUUGACAAAUUGAAAUGUCGUUCAAGCGGAAAUUAUUUGGCAAAUGAAAGCUCGGGCAAAAAAAUCAUUGCAACUUGCACAGAGACAUCUGACGGUCAAAGUGUAACAACAAGACUCCAUGAAGGGAGGAAACACCAUUGCGAUGUUUGUGGUAGGGUAUUUAGUCGGCGCAACACCUUAACCACUCACAAACGUAUCCAUACUGGUGACAAGCCCUUUCCGUGUGAUUUAUGCGGCAGAGCAUUUCGUCAGCUCGGAAACCUAAGUCGCCACAAGCUGACUCACGCUGCCGUCAAACCUCACGUUUGUCCCAAGUGUAACAAGUCGUUCAGCCGCACUUCCAACCUGAAUUCUCAUCUGCGAACACACACUAACUACAAACCGUUCGUCUGCGACUUUUGUGGCAAGGGGUUCCAUCAAAACAUGGACAUGAAAAUACAUCGAUACACGCACACGGGCGAGAAGCCUCAUAAGUGCAUCACGUGUGGCCGGGGAUUCAAACAGCUGACUCAUCUCAAGUACCACCUGAGAACGCAUUCUGCUGAACGGUUAUACAAGUGCCAACACUGCGGAAAAGGUUUUAAUCAAAAGGGAAACCUCCAAGCUCAUAUUUAUGGCCACACUGGUAAGAGACCCUACAGAUGUGAGAUUUGUGGAAAAGGCUUUACUCUCACUUCGACUCUCAACACUCACAAACGUAUCCACGCACCCAAUAAACCAUUUAAAUGUGAAUUUUGUGAAAAGGCGUUCUACCAGAAGAACGCUUUGAAAACCCACUACAUCUCUUCGCAUCCUUAUACAGACGGUGUGUGCCUUCUUUAG